UUUAAAACUAUGUAUGUUAGGAGGCUUUUUUCUUUCCUAGAUUGUAAAAAAAUAGCUUAUGGAGCUUUUCAUUUUUAACAUUCAAUAAUAGAGUAAUUAAAUACAAACAAGAUUAUAUAAUGGUUGUUUAGUUUUAGCUUCCAGCCAAGCUAAAAGUUGACAAAGCAGAUCUGAGCUGAGUUGAAACAUCACUUUAAUUAGAAAGUGUCUAAAUUGAUCAGUCCUAUCUGCUUUGCUUUAAAGCCGUAAGCAGGAAAAACUAAACCCUCAUCUGUUAAUUUGAUUGCAUGGUUCUGGAGAUGAAUUAUUGCUUGCCCAGCUGUCUGUUUAUUUAAAGCAAAUCCAAUCAUCGACCAAUCAGUGUUUCUUACAUGGACAUCUACUAGAGUUUUGUAUGGUAUUUUUAAAGCCAUCAUUAAUUUUGUGCUAUUUAGUCGUAAUCUUCUUAGAAAUGUCAAUCACUUGUUUACUGUUAGAUCAUGACAGUCAUCAGGUAAAGGGACUAAAAUGGGGAAGAGAGGGUUACCUGAGCUCGACUUCCAGGAGAAUUUAAACCUCCGUUUGCCGUGAAGAGAAACCCUAAAUAUACCUCACCUAAUCUGCUUAGGGGACUUGUGGUUGGAGUUAGUCUUUGUCCUGAUGGAAAGCACACAGCCACUCACACACUGACAAUGAUAAAGAGUCAGAGAUCAGCUUAAAAACUUGGUAUCCAGCAGAGCAGCCUGCUGCAUGCUUCCAAACCCACAGUCAUUCUGCAGUCUGGACUGUUUGGCUGAAACAUGAACAGGUCCAGCCUCCUAACCCUCAACUCCCUGGGAAAGAUCUGCGGCUCCGGGAACAGCAGCGACAUGGUGAUCCUGGACCGGGUCAAGAGGAAGAACUCUGUGAGGCGGAUGUCUAUCAUUGAGGACGGGCAGCUGGCCGAGGUGCUUUACCUGAUCCCCAAACAGUGCAUGAUGGAGCAGCUGCCCUUCAUCAACCCUGAGGACUACAUCCUCUGUGAAAAGCUGGCUGGGAUUCCUGCAGAGGUUUCAGUGCUGCAUGCCCCAGACAGCUGCCAGCAAAGUCCUCCAGCAGUAAAACAGCCCAUCCAGUGCUUCAGAUGUGGAGGACUGUGCAAAGGAGAGGCGCUGCGCGUGCAGAGCACCUACUUCCACAUUAAAUGUUUCACAUGCAAAGUGUGUGGCUGCGACUUGGCUCGGAGUGGCUUCUUCAUGAGGAACGGCGACUGCCUCUGCCCGGUGGACUUCCAGCGCCUUUAUGGCACGCCCUGCACCACCUGUGGGGAAUUUGUGGAAGGGGAGGUGGUCACAGUCCUGGGGAAGUCCUACCACCCAGCCUGCUUUGUUUGCACCAUAUGCAAACAGCCUUUCCCUGCAGGGGACUACGUAACCUUCAGGGGAAAAGACUGCCUCUGCCAGCGCUGCACCGAACCCGUGUCACCUUCUAAUCAGAUCCGUCAUCACAGUGAUUGUUCGGGCUGCGGCAGAGACAUCAAAAACGGCCAGGCUCUGUUAGCCCUUGGAGGUCAGUGGCACCUUGGUUGCUUCAAAUGCAAAGCUUGCGGGAGGAUCCUGAGUGGGGAGUUCAUCAACAAAGAUGGCUUUCCUUACUGUGAGAGGGACUACCAGACUCAGUUUGGGGUUAAAUGUGAGGUGUGUCAUAGGUUCAUUACAGGAAAAGUCCUUGAGGCUGGUGAAAGACAUUACCACCCGGGUUGUGCGAGAUGCUACAGGUGCGGUAAAAUGUUUACAGAGGGAGAAGAAAUGUUGGUUCAAGGUGCAACAAUGUGGCACCCGCACUGCAAAGACAACGGCAGAACAGAGGAGAGCUUUAGACCCAACAGAUCAUCAUCCGAAAGCUCCAGCUCCAGGCCGGGCUCGUGCACGCCCAGCAGCCCCGGCAGAACCAUCUGCGCAAAAGUAGAUAAUGAGAUCAUUGAUUACAGAGACUUAGCUGCAAUUCCCAGAGUCAAGGCUAUAUACGAUAUAGAGCAUCCAGACAUGAUAUCCUAUAAGUCUGUAAACUUCAACUCCUCUGCUUUGGACGACAAAGGAAACACACAGAACAGACGAAGCCUGGCAGAGUCACCAGGAAAAAUGUCUGAAGCCACUGAGGAGAGUAUUGAAAUGAGACCAUGCGUACCAAAAUCUUCAAGCCAUGGAUCUUUUGGAGGUCAAACCAUAUGUUACCGACACAGCUACAGUCCCAGUCUAUCCAGUUCACCCAAACACUUCCAUCGACCAGGUUCUACUUCUUUGCUUCAUGGAAACAAAAAUGACACCUGCACUGCUUCUCCUUUAAGCCACCACUCUUUCUCUAAAACAGGAGCAGAUGAAGGCUUCGAUUUCUACAGGAGGCCUCCCAUUUAUAAACAGCAAGAUCCAGAUUCCUCCUCAUCCCAAACAGCCUCUCUUCCCGGAUACAACCACAACUUCCUGAGUUUGCCUCAGUCAGCUGAUUACUGCCACACCAGCCAUGAAAGAUUCAACUUUAAGCUCACCAGCGAUGGUCAAGUCCCACUAACACGAACGGAAAGAGGAGUGUCUAUGCCUAAUUUAUUGGAACCUAAAGUCUACCCGUAUGAGUUGCUAAAAGUCACAAACAGAGGUCGGGUGAAGCUUCCCAAGGAUGUUGACAGAACAAGGCUCGAGCGCCACCUGUCUCCAGAGUCAUUCUCUGAGAUCUUUGGGAUGAAAAUUCAAGAAUUUGACAGACUUCCGCUUUGGAAACGCAACACCAUGAAGAAGAAGGCAGAUCUUUUUUGAAUAGCGUUAGAAACUCACAGUCUGUUAUCACAUUACAGUGAGAUUAAAAAGGAUCUAUAUAUAUAUAUAUAUAUAUAUAUA